AUGUCGGGCCUACCUGAGGGUUGGGAAUGGGGCUACGACGAUAAACUGCAGCGUUGGUACUAUACCUAUCUGCCCACAGGCCAUGUACAAUACACCUUCCCGAAGCCCGGGGACGAGUUCCCCGAGUACGUUCCGAACGAUGAUCCUGUGAUCCCGCCCGAGGACAUGCUCGAGAGCAAGAAGCAAGUCCGUAAGACUACAUCGAGUGGCAGCCAACGUCUCUCCGCGGUUUACAUGCCCUCGACGGAUGAUGACUCAUGGUUUCGGCCUGACGAGCUCAUGUACAUGGGCCCUGGCGUGUAUGCUGACCCGACCAAUUUGGAGGAAAACGAGAAACCUCCACAGAAUGCUGCGACUCAGGAUAGUGAAGACCAAAAGCCUACUCAAGAUAAAAUUACGUCCCAGCCGGCUGGGAGCGAAGUUAGUCAGCCUUCCUCGGGUGUAGCGGCACCCGAAUCUUCCGCAGCACCAACGACAUCUUCGUCGCAACCGGUUGCGACUGGGUUUGCAAUCGACCUCUCUGUAGAGGUUGCAGCCUCAGUAGAGGUCACGACAGUAACUACGAGCCAGUCUUCUGCCCAUCCCGCUUCUUCGUGUCCCACGACUUCCUCUGCUCCUCCGGCAACUCAGCCUACCUCGGCGCUCACAGACUUUACUAUUGACAACAUCGACUGGGGUCCUGUGACCAGCACGACAGCACCCACAACCUCAACUACAUCUGCUCCUGCUGCACCCGCAGCACCGCAACCCCCGGCCACAGCAACAGACUUCAUGAUCUCCUCGUCUGAAAUUAUUGAUGUGGCUUCGAAUACAGGAUCGGGUGCUCCAGCGCCCACACAGUCUGCUACAUCAUGCCCGACCUCUGCGCCCACGCCAGCUACCUCGCAGCCCUCAGCAGCGCCAACAGGGUUUACCAUUACCAACUUUGACUGGGGUGCUGAAGUCAGUGUAAGCACAGCGCUUGCAACCUCAACGACUACUUCAAAUACCUCAGCACCUGCUGCUCCACAACCUGCUGCGGCAGCCACAGAAGUUACAAUCACAGCAACGGGGUCAGGCCAAGCUUCCACUGCAGCCGCAGCUGUUACUAAUGCUGAGCCUUUUCCUCCUAAGCCACCAUCGGCGCCGACAGCGUUUACAAUUAACGCAGCAGACUGGGGCCCCGCUAGUAGUUCUGUUGCACCAACUCAAGCUUCGUCGACUCCUGCGGCGCCAGCUGCUCAACCCCCAGUUACUUCUGCGCCGGCGGCUUCUACAGGGGUUGUUAUCACUAGCGAAGAAUGGACGUCUGUUGCUCUUCCAGCUACAGCUCCCUCAACGACAUCUAGCACCGAACCCCACAUCGGCCAGCCUGCACAAACAUCUACUCCCCCAGUAGCCACUGGGUCUGCGGUCACUAGCUUCGAUUGGCCCUCCGUGUCUAAUGCUACCACAGUCGCAGCAGGCCCCGGCACUUCACAGCCAUCAGCUAAGCCCCAGGGACCUUCGUCUCCAGGCUUGUCUGCGGCCCCUAUCUCCGAAGUUUCAACCUCUCCCGCAUUUCCAUCCCUCAGUCCGUCCCCUUCGCAAUCCAUAAGUUUCUCAAUCGCUUCCUUUCACUCGGUGGCUCCUCAUGUCCAUAGGCCCGACACGAGUCCUCACGGAGCCAACACUCAGCUAGCUGCCAUUCCUGAACUCGAUAGUAACCCAGUCCUUGGUGUUUCAACCCAAAAUGCGACUCAAGGCGUCGCGCCGCCACAAACGGUGGCUGAGUCGCUUCACGGAACGCACCAUGAAGUCCCCAUGCCUGUAGAAGUGCCCGGAACCGUCAUUCACGAACUUCCGACCGAAGAAACGGCUCAGUGCAAUGCUGAGCUUGUUGCACUGCCAGCUGAGCUGCCCGGUGAUGGACCACAACGGCCUGGAUAUGUGCAUGUCAUAAAUUUCGAGCCUGUUGAGCUUCCGGCUGAUGCAGCACCUGUUCGUACAAAGGUUGGAACGGGGAGCAAGGCUUCAAUACCUGAUCACUCCGCGCAAGCCCAGACAGCACGCCGGCAAACACUUCAAGGUGUUCAGCAACUUGUUGGACACACACUUCAGCCUGCCAAGCAAAGUAAUCCUCCCCAGCCGGUCUUCGAUACUCACUCGCAAUCGCAAUCAUCAAGGUGGGAAGACAAGUAUAUGCCUUAUUACCCUGGGCAGCAGACAUCUGGGGCGCCUGUUCCUGCUAUCAAUAGGUUCUCAAUGAUUGCCCCCCCCCGCCAUCAAGCUCCCGUCCCUGGCAAUAACCGGCAUUCACUAGGAGGUCUACAGCCUUGGAGAUCUCAGUCUCCUGGUCAGUUCAAGCCGUUUCAGCCCAAUUCAGGUGCCUCGCCAGCCUGGGCAGCACGAGUUCCAGCUCCAUUGAGACCAUUCAGUACCCCUCCGGCUCAAACUUCAGGAGCUGCUAAUAGCGGCCAAAACGCCCCAAAUCCCCCAACUGUCGAGCCACAGGCACCUUCAGCGGACUUUACUCAUGUUCCGUCUAUCUUGAAGCCAGCCCGUGGUCUCCAUGUUCAAGCCCAGUCUGUUCCGGAACGCAAAGAGAACACUACCGAGAAACCCUCCGUAGACCUAGCCCACGCUCCGUCAAUCCUCAAACCGGCCCAUGGGUGGCAAAUCAACGUCCCAACCGCGCCUGAGAACAGAGAUUCUAGUCCACAAACGCCGGCCAAUGAAGAGUCAUCACGCAAUCUUGCCCAUGCUCCUUCAAUUCUCAAACCUGCGCGUGGCCGACUUCCAGGCGCCCAGACUCCUCCGAGUACCAAGUCCGAGAGCCCGGCGAGAGGUUACCAAGCCUUCAAACCGUAUCAGGAUCUGCAAAAAGAUAUCGAGGAAACAGUUCGGAUGCUGUCAAGCACUGCUUACACCAUGGAAUCCCGAACAUCCUUGCCCGUCGAACCAGAUGCUGGCAAUGCCAGCAUUCCCCGGACAAGCUCACUGCCGGUUUCUCCCUCAAGCCCCGAUGUACCAGCUCCUCUCAAGAUCAAUCGCAACCCUCCCUCCUCCACACGUACGAACAGCUUGCCAACCGUGGCUUCUCCUUCUAGGCCCGCAGUUACGUCCGAACCGAGUGUAACUUCGUACAGUAUCACGGGCCCUGCGUACCAGACAGCGUUUAUCGCGUCCCCGACCACGGCAUCUGCUCCUACAGACCCUUUCCAAGUCAAGAAUGAUGUUCAAGUGGCACCGACUUCCCAAGUUCAACAGGAGACGGUUCAUCAACCUCCGCUCUCAAACCAACCAGCUGCUGUUGUUACCGAAGCCCAAUCUUCUUCCUAUUUGGCUUCUGGGAAUAGUGCACCGUUAGAGCCCCCGGGUACUCCAUACUUUGCGCGGUCAAUGUCCCCGCCAUCCACACCAUCUUUGGCUCGUGCCCAGAUAGACCAAACGCCGCAACCACCUGUUCGCCAGGGUUCAUUAGCUCCUACACAGCCUAGCAGCAAUGCUCCCUCGGCGUCCCAUAGCUUCCAGAUGAACUCUGAGACAGAUAGCGGUUUUGCGCCGGUCCACGGGCCCAAUCAUCGCUCCUUCAAGCCUUAUGUGCCUGCGACAUCUGCCGCACCUGCAAACGGGGCCGCCCAAAAUUUUGCUCCUUCCACCAAGCCAGAGAGCAUACCUGAUUCGCGGUAUGUUGUGUCACCACCGCCACCAGCACAAGCCCCCUCCAAUGAACCAAAGCCUCGCAGCCCAAGUCCCCUCUCGCGGACUUCUUCAAUCUCCUUUACCAUCAAACAACAAGGCAACCCGCAGAGCCCUGAGAUCGUACGGGCACAAAGGCUUCCAGGAAGUGACAUGGUGCAAGAUCAGGAGCCUGGAGUCCGUUUGGCCGUCUCUCCAAUGCCGUCUUCGCUGACGAAUCCUCCUGCAGUGCCCGGUUCGACGGUGCAACCUUAUGUCAUUCGGCCUGGUCACCAUCCGCUUGCCUCGCACCCUGUUAAUCCCUCUGAAAUUCCCGGGUAUGGGCACUCUACGACUGGGAACGGAGGGCAGACCUUUGGUCAGGAGCUGCCAGGCAUUGCCCCUCCUGCAGAUCAAGGUGGUCAGGAUCCGACCUUCCAAUCUCAGCAGCAGCUUGGACAGCCAGUUGUUCCGUUGGCAGGCCAAGGGCAAGUUGGAUCAGAUCGGCAACAGCUUUUGAUUACAGACGCAUUCAAGCAGCUAAGUUUAGCGGCUCAGCUGCCUACUAACUCAAGCUUUCAGCCUCGUCUGGAGACAACCACAGCACCGCUUCCUACUUCUCAAUCCUUCACUAUAUUCUCGUCAAUUCCUGCCCAGCAACCCUUAGGCCUUCUCUCUGGACCUUCACAAGCAUCGCCACCGCAGGUUGACUACAUCUUUGGAUCAGCACCGCAACAGGGCAGGAGCCAGGUGUUUGUUAACCGGGCUGCUUCCCAGCCUCCACAACCUUCUCAACCUUCACAGCCUGCCCAGCCCGCUCCUCUCUCUCAGAAGAACCCUCUGCAAGAGCAAAGCCAGAGUCAUCCAUCCAGCCCAGCCAUGAAGGGAGAAAAGUCAUGGUUUGGUAAACUGUGGAGGAGUGAAAGCAUCAAGAAGACAAAGAAGCUGCUUCACAAGGAUCACAAAGAUAAGCAUGCUUCCAUCAGCGGACAGGUGCAGCAAUCACAGGCUCAGAGUCAGCCAGUGCAACAAAGCCAGACAAUGCAGCAACCUGCGCAAGGUCAACAGCUCGGACAGUUCACGCAGCUGCCCUCGCAAACUCAACUUCAGCUCCAACAGCCUCCAAUGCUUCACCUCCCCAACCCUCAUCAGCCGAUUCCUGAGCAGCAGCCUCUUCAGCAACAGGGUCAGCAGCCAAUCCAGUUCCAGCCGGGUCUUUCUGCAGGGCAACACUAUCGGGUCCUGUCACAUGUCCAGCCUAUACAGACACAACAACCUCUCAUAGGACCGCCUACGAACCAAAUGUUUUGGAGGGAUGCCCAAGGCCAGCCGCUGCAGACCGUGCCCCAGAUUAGCUCGCCCUCAGGGCAGACUGUCCAGGGUGUUUAUGUGAAUGCGCAAGGACAGACUGUGUUGCAGCCGCAAAUUGCAGAUAUGAUCAGGGGCAGUGAGCAACGACUCAGAGAUGAAGGAGCCCAGCCUGUGCAGCCCGUUGUCACUCCAGAUGCCCAAGGCCACAUGUCAUUGCCGUCCCAAAUAGUGACACUACAACGCCAGAUGCAGCCCCAACUCCAGGACGUACAGCCCGGAGUGACUAACAAUGGGCCCUCACUCCCUGCAGCCCCAGCUGGCACUGCAUCAGGCCCGGCCUCGGCCCCAGCUGCUGCUACCCCUGUGAACAACCUCACAUCGGCCCCCAUCCCUGAGCCCUCGCCGACUUCGACUGCCAGCCCAACGCCGGCCCUCGAGGAGGCUAGGCUGGCUGUUGCUCCGACUCCAGCUGCGGUCCCUCCGGCCCCAGACCCAAUGGAUGCGUCGGCUGAGGCCCCCGCCGCGCUCGGUCCCUCUCCGCCUGCAUCGGCAUCGGCUUCGGCUUCUGUUCCCUCCCCCUCGCCUGCCCCAACUGCAGCAGCCCAGGCGCCCACUUCAGAGCCAGCGCAACCGUCGACCUCGAAUUCGGCGCCCAAGGAGGGAGCCCCCGCUGCCCCUACCCCUGCUGCUGCUGCUGCUGCUGCGGUCCCAGCAAAGCCGCACGACCCAUCGGCAGACAAAUGGCGUGCUGCGAUUAGCUCUGGGGGUUAUGAUGGCUCUGGGUGGGGAGAUGACGAUGAUGAUUACUGCUAG